AUGCCCACUCAACCGCCACUUCCGCACCUGCUCGCGCCUUACGUUUCGUCCCUCCCACGAUCGUCCCUCACCGUCCUCUCCUCCGUACUAGGCGCAACGGGGAAUUGGCUCGUGCUGCGAUACCUGUAUGCGGCGCUGGGUACCUCGUCCAACCCCGAAGCAGCAUUCGGACUGCAGGGUGGUGAUGCCGGAAAAAAGCAAAAGGUUGUGCUCGUGAGUUUCCUGCGGGGUUGGGAAUUUUGGCGAUCGGAGGCAAAGCGACUGGGCUUGGACCUUGCGCGCCUCACAGACAAACGCCAAUUUGCCUUCGUCGACGGACUCUCCGAGCUUUUUAACCCUCCUGUGACCACCCCUUCACCUUCUAAAUCGUCGCCAUUCCCCGGUGCUGCUCCCCCUCGAACCGUUCUCCCCGUCCGGUCGCAACCCGGUCCCAUUCCAGCGCGGGGCCUGCAGCCGGUAUCGCGACCACCCCCACCAGCGCCCAACAGCAAUGCCGCCCCUACAUCGAAAGAAGUCGGGCCUGUAAAGCGGCUACAUCUCUCAGGAAAUGGCACAACGGCCCUCACUUCCCUGGAAAGGGAAAUCACGGCCGUGGUCAAACAACUCCAAGCGGAGGCAACUGGAGAUGGCGAAGAAUCUGAGGUUCUACUGAUCAUUGAUCAGCCCGACCUGUUGCUGGCCGCGACGGGACCCGGUCGAGGGAUAGGUGCUACCGAGAUGGGAGAUUGGAUAUUGGGUCUACAACAGGGUGUUUAUGCAACUCUUAUGACCGUCUCCGCCGAUUCCCCGCUAAUACAUAACGCAUCUGCCGCUAACUAUGAGCCGGCCACGCCCUUGGAAACGGAGCAUUCUGCGUUCGUGAUAGGCUCGGCUCACCGGGCGCACAUGGUGAUGCAGCUUCGGGUUUUGGAGACGGGCGUGGCGAGAGAUGUCAGUGGUGUGCUGAGAGUUAGCAAAGGUGGUGCUUGGGGUCGGGACGAGGACAGCGCUCAGAACCAUUGGGAGAAAGAAGUGUUGUAUUUCGUUCAGCGAGAUGGUGGUGUCAACGUUUUUGGGAGAGGCGAAUAG